AUGGACGCGCUCCCUUCUCGGACCGCCGAUGAGGCUGUGCGUCUUUCUGCGAAGCGAACUGCCGAACUCUUUGGCACAGAGUACUUGAUGGUCACACCUACAACACUCACAGACGGCUCGAUUGGGGUAUCAUACCGGCGGAAAGCAGAAUACCAAGAUGUCAUGGAAUUGCCCCCAGCCUUGGCGGAGAAGCAAGCCAAAGCUACUGCAGGACGCACGAAACGCCCCAAAAUUCAGCCCGCGCAGGCUCAAGGUUCUGGAGAUGGAAGCGGUGCCUCAAUGGCUCUAGUCCGGCGACCCGGAGGCGCUGGCGCGGGCGCGGCGGCGGCGGAGGAGCAACCCAAGAGUUUGAUUCAGAGACCUUCUGCGACCAAGCAACAACGGCCAGAUUGGCAUGCGCCAUGGAAAUUGAUGCGCGUCAUUUCAGGGCAUUUGGGGUGGGUGCGGGCUUUGGCAGUUGAGCCCAACAACCAGUGGUUUGCCAGUGGUGCUGGAGACCGAACAAUCAAAAUUUGGAAUCUGGCAACAGGCGCCCUCAGAUUGACCUUGACUGGCCACAUUUCGACUGUCCGCGGUCUCGCAGUGUCUCCUCGGCACCCAUACCUUUUCUCCUGCGGUGAAGACAAGAUGGUCAAGUGCUGGGAUUUAGAAACAAACAAGGUCAUCCGCCAUUACCAUGGCCAUCUGAGUGGUGUCUACACUCUAGCUUUGCAUCCUCGUUUGGACCUCUUGGUAACGGGUGGUCGUGAUGGCGUCUGCCGAGUGUGGGACAUGCGCACGCGAAGUAAUGUCCAUGUUCUUGCGGGCCACAAGGGUACUGUUGCCGAUAUUCAGUGCCAAGAGGCCGACCCUCAGGUUAUUUCCGGUUCGCUAGACGCUACAGUUCGUCUGUGGGAUCUGGCUGCAGGCAAGUCCAUGGGUGUCUUGACCCAUCACAAAAAGGGUGUUCGUGCCCUUGCCACCCACCCUACUGAGUUUACCUUUGCGAGCGCCAGUACAGGCAGCAUCAAGCAAUGGAAGUGUCCCGAAGGUGACUUCAUGCAGAACUUUGAAGGACAAAAUGCCAUCAUCAACACCCUUUCCGUCAAUGAUGAAAAUGUCAUGUUCUCUGGUGGUGAUAAUGGCUCCAUGUCGUUCUGGGAUUGGAAGACUGGGCAUCAAUUCCAGUCUAUUGAUACUCUCGCUCAGCCUGGUUCGCUCGAGGCUGAAGCUGGCAUCAUGGCUUCAACGUUUGAUAAGACCGGUCUGCGCCUCAUUACUGGGGAGGCCGAUAAAACAAUCAAGAUCUGGAAAGAAGACGAAAAUGCCACUCCAGAGACUCAUCCAGUCAAGUGGGCGCCGACCCUCGGAAGACAGCGCUACUAG